ACGAAUUUCCCUCAGACCACAAUACAGUGUUGACCGUUGUGAAAACAGUUACUUCAAUAAUUUUACGAUAAAUUUAUAAAACUCACGUUGAUUUUGGAAAUAAUUAAAAAAUGCUUAAAAUGUACACGUUUUCUAUUGUCAUUUUGACAUUCUUAGCGCUAAUAGACGUCGAAGCCGCGCCGUCCAAGUAUACCACUAAGUUUGAUAAUAUAAACACUGACGAUAUACUUAACAACGAUCGUUUGCUCAAUAACUACUUCAAAUGUCUUAUGGAUCAAGGCAAGUGUACUCCCGAGGGCGAGGAACUGAAAAAAUGGAUACCUGACGCAAUCGAUAAUGAUUGCAAAGAUUGUUCUGAAAAGCAAAGAAAAGAAGCGGAAAAAGUUAUUAAAUUCUUACAUGAUAAGAAAGACACAAUGUGGAAACAGUUAGAAGAAAAGUAUGACCCCACUGGUAAAUAUAGAGAGAAGUAUCAAAAAGAUGCCGAAAGACUUGAAAUUAAAGUUUAAAUAAGACAAUUUUUUCUAUUAAACAUGGAAUGAAUAUUCAAUUUUUUUACUUAUAUAAUUAUAUAAUAUUAUAAUAAACAAAAUAUGUUAUCAUUUAUACAAAAUCAAAAAAGUAAUAUUCAUAUUUAUACACUUAUAGUUAACGUGAUGUGUGUUGAUUUUUAAUUAUAUUGUUAUUUUAAUCAUUUUAA